GAACAACACUUGGUGGAGUUGCCGGAGGACGUGUAUUCAGCUUUCGUCUUGGUUUUCUUCGGCAUCGGGGAAGGCAGACACCAAGCAACUGAAGAUCCACAAGAAGUUUUAGAACUACAAAGUAAAAGCAGAGCAACUCAAACUAUGCAACGCGAAGACGAAGAAGAUCCGCCAUUUCAGAAGACCCCUGCAGACACGGUCCGGACCGGACUUGGCCUGGCCUUUCUUUGGGUCUGUCA